GUUGAAAAGCAGUUGCGCUUCUCGAUAGUGCCAUUGAAGUGAGUCAUCUGUAGGAAGUGUGGUUUUAAAAAAAAAAAGGAAAAAAAAAAAACUAGCAUCGAAGUGUUCCGCGAACGCCACAGACCACGCAAAAUCGGCAAGACACUGGAAAAUACAGAGAAGGACCGAGAGGCAAAAUAAAAGUGACUCGAAAUCCACGCGCUACACUUUUCUGGAAAAGUAUCAAGCAGUCGAAUUGGAGGAUUUUUUUUUUCUUUCUUUUUUUCCUGUCCACCCUUUUGGUGCCUUUUGAUACGAGCGAGGAUUUUCUACCGCGUAAUCUGCGCGCACAACAAGUCUCCUGAUAUCUUCUAUUUUCUUCCUGGAUCAUGUACCAGGACUACUCCGGGAAUUACGACACCUCGUCCCGCGGCAGCAGCACCUCUCCGGCCCAGCCCGAGUCGUUCACGAGCGGCAGCAGCACCAUCGGAAGCCCCAUCUCUACCUCAACCUACCAGAAAUACAGGGUUGACAUGCCCGGCUCCAACAGUGCCUUCAUCCCUACCAUUAAUGCAAUCACAACAAGCCAAGACCUUCAGUGGAUGGUGCAGCCGACAGUCAUCACCUCCAUGUCCAACCCGUACUCCCGCUCCCACCCGUACAGCCAUCACCUGAGCAACGGGCAGGGGCUGCUGGGCCACAACCCCCUGGCCCGCCCCGGGGUCAUCCGCUCCAUCGGGGACGCCAGAGGUCGACGCAAGAGGGACGAGCAGCUCACCCCAGAAGAAGAAGAGAAGAGGAGGGUGCGGCGUGAGAGGAACAAGUUGGCCGCCGCCAAAUGCCGCAACCGCAGACGCGAGUUGACUGAGUUGCUGCAAGGGGAGACCGAGAAACUAGAGGAGGAGAAAGCCGACCUGCAGAAAGAGAUCGAAAGCCUCCAGAAGGAGAAGGACAAGCUGGAGUUCAUGCUGGUGGCCCACAACCCCGUGUGCAAGCUGCCCACGGAAGAUCGCCAACUGGCUCCGGCGCACCACCAUCAGCAGCACCAGCAGUGCGCCCCCCUGCCCUUGACCAUGCGCCCCAACAUGGUGGCCCGAGCCCACGUCAACCACGUGGUGGUGAAGCAAGAGCCGGACGACGUGCAAGAAGCGGCGGGCAAAGCGCAGCAUUCCGUCAUCAAGCCCAUCUGCCUGGGCGGGAUGUACUGUACGGACGCCGACAGCCUCAACACGCCGGUAGUGGCGGCGUCCACCCCGGCCGCCGCAGCCAACGCCCCCAACCUCAUCUUCACCUACCCGAGCAUGCUGGAGCCCGACAGCCCGUCGCCCUCCUCCGAGUCGUGCUCCAAGGCCCACCGCCGCAGCAGCAGCAGCGGCGAUCAAUCGUCCGACUCCCUCAACUCGCCCACCCUACUGGCCCUGUGAGGACGGUCCGAAAGACUGUGGCCCGAGGCGCAUUUGGACCACGUGAGCCGUGCCCCCCUUUCGCAGGGAGAGAGACCUCACAAGGGCUACGCUGCGUGUUGGACUUGUGUCAUUGCUUUGCCAUUUCAACUCUUACAGUGUCAACGUGUUUACGCAAGACUCUCCCUUGAAAUCUGGCCCUGGGGACUUCAGAUCAGAAACAAAAUUAGUUAGUUCUUCAUAUAUGUAUAUAGCUAUAUCUAUAAAAAUCUAUUUUUUGAAGAAAGAAUUCAAAGCCAUGACCACUUGCACUCUGCAAAGACGAAUCAACAGAAAGAGGUCACAACACGAAAGAAAAUGAGCAAACACUUAAGCGUCUUUAUUUGAAGAUGUGUCCUGAACCCCCCCCCACCCCCAAGGACCUUGAUUCAUCACUUUAACUGUAUUUUGUGUGCUGAAAAAAAGUGUUUUCCUCCGUCAUCUGCCUGUAGAAAAGCAUCAUGGUCUUCGGUGUUACAAAUUGAUGGCGCCUUUGUCAAGGCGAUCUAGUUUGCCAAUGUGACUUGACUACAUUAAUAUUGGUGUGCUUCACCUCAGUGGUUGUGUACCUGAUGUUUAAGACAAAUGUGUGUUGAGUGUGUGUGCGUGUGUGCGUGUGUGUGUGCUCUUUAUAUUGUUGCCAUCUUGAAAGAACGCAGGCUGCGUGAUAGUAGUACCAAAUAAACAAACAGGGCCGCUGUACAACAUCAGGAAUUUCUUUUCAAACAUUUCAAAGAGGACAAAGUUUUUUCACUGGCUCUCACGUUGGCCCUUUUUGCUCACAUUGUGGGGGGGAAAAUAAAAAGGUCUUACCUUUUGUCAACACUGCCACUAAGGGCAGGUCAGGUUUGACAAAACCAAAAAGCAUUGUAUGACAUUUCUAAUCCUUUUCUUUGUUUGUUUUUGUGUGAGAGAGAAAAGGAGGCAUUUUUUUGCGCUAAUAUGAAAAAAGCCACUGUGGUCUAACCAGACUGUCACCAGCUGUCAAUGAUGUCAACCCUGUUUAUACUGUGUUUGUAACAGCUGUCUUUUUAAAGGAAAAAUAACAAACAAACAAAAACUUGGUACUUGGUACCUUCGGCCUAAAUGGCUUAAAACAAUAAAUAAGAGUGUUUUGCAAUACAGAAGGAAUAAUAAUAAGACAUCGAAACUGGGUUGAAACACAAACAUGGGACAUUUUUUAAUGAUUACUUUUUGUAACAAAGAUGUUGGUAAUUGCACUGAGAAGGAUAAAGCGGUCAUAGUGGAAACGCUUCAAACAUUCCUAAAGAAGUUUGUGGGUGUUAAAUGAUCUUGCGCUGGAUGCAGACAAAUUGACAUUUUAAUAUGAUAACAAUAUGCUGCUACCUAGGCGGAAAUUUCUCUUUUUCUCUUUUGGCAAUAGAGUGUGGUUUCAUGCAGAUGCAAAAAGAAAUCUCGGUUCCCGCGCGACAAAAAAAAAGAAGAAAGAAAAGAAG